CCGGGAAAACAGUCAGUAAAUAUGGCGGACCUUGUUAACAGACAGAGAACUGAUAUCUUAGUCAAUGAUAAGUACAGACUUAUGCGGAAAAUUGGUUCGGGGUCAUUCGGAGAUAUAUACCUGGGGGUCAAUCAACUGACGGGUGAGGAAGUUGCAGUCAAGAUGGAAAAUAUAUAUGCUAAACAUCCACAACUUCAGUUCGAACACAAGGUUUAUCGACUCCUUGCAGGUGCAAUUGGUAUACCUCAGGCGAGGUGAGUUAUUAAGUUAAUGUAAUUGUUAAGAUGGUACGGCACUUGCCGAACAUACUGGGUCCUGGUGAUGGACCUUCUAGGUCCGAGUUUAGAAGACUUAUUCACCUUUUGUUGCCGGCGGUUCACACUGAAAACUGUAUUAAUGCUUGCUGACCAGAUGCUUGCUCGGAUUGAAAAUGUUCAUAAUAAAAGUUUAAUUCAUCGAGAUAUUAAACCUGACAACUUCCUCAUGGGAAUCGGACGUCAUUGCAACAAGGUCUAUAUGAUUGAUUUUGGCCUAGCUAAACGCUACAGAGAUGUGCGUACAGGACGACACAUCAGUUAUAGAGAAGACAAAAACCUUACCGGAACAGCAAGAUAUGCCAGUAUUAAUGCACAUCUGGGCAUAGAACAAUCUCGUAGAGAUGAUCUGGAGUCUCUAGGCUACGUUUUGAUGUAUUUUAAUCGUGGAUCUUUGCCUUGGCAAGGUUUACGGGUAGGUAUUUCACAUUCAGUCACCUAUGUAACACGUAUUUAAAUUAUCCUGUUGCUUAAUAGGAGUAACAAUAUUGUCAGUUUUCCUCGCAUUGUACAUCUGAGCUAACUUAUAUACCUCGUGUAAAUAUUUUUACAGCUAGUCAAUCUUAGGGGCACAGCUUUACACAUCACCUUGUCUGUCUGAUUAGUCCUAAAAGCUCCUAUAGUAUUGUGAACCUGAUUUGGACUCGUUCUGCCGUAUCGACACUAGUCGCUAUGUUUUAAUACGGUUGAAUUAUAGUAGCCAACACUUGUUCUGUCAGGCCCUAUCAUAUCGUUCGGUCCCAAAAUAUCGGUAUGAGCGUAGUAUGUGUAACAAAUUAUGAUUAUAAUCAGGACAGUGCCUAUAAAUUCCCCUGCGGUCUGGCGGUGGGUGUCAUUUCGUCUCCACACUAGUGUAUAUGCAGCCUUUGGUAAAAUCAUCAAAAAUUGAGAUACAUCAUGUAUGGUCUGACGGAUGGUUCAAGGGAUCAGACAGCCCCCUAAUUGGUUGAGGGUGGGGUCGGCCGGCUCACAUAUCACUGUGCUCACGUAGCCACUAACUGGAAGUUCUUUUCACUGCCUCCUUGCCUGUGGGUAUUGUCUGCGAAGUUAAGAGGACGAAAAGCGAAUGUUCAGUGCUCAAAUCAGGUUUGUGUGUAAGAAGAGUCCGCCUAGUUGUAGAGUUUGAAAACUAACUCCAAACCAAUGGAGCACAUAAGGUCCAGGAUCUUGGGCGAACAAAUGACGUAUAAACCAGAAAACCGCAUCUCCUAACGCUUCCCGACUACCAUAUAAACCAGACCUCUAGAUAAAACGCUCGGUGAGCACUCCAACAAGAGGAUCACCUGCUUUAGCUUGGGCAUACUCAGUAACCCAGUUAACACAUAAACCUAGCGAUUUAUGUGGCAUAUAUAUAUAUAUAUAUACCUUAGUUCUCAUCUGUGCCUAUGUUUAUGUUCAUGUAAAUCUAAAAAAUUCAUGAGUUGAAGUAUGUACUUCAAAAAUCGGACAUGCAAUUUACACCUGUCGUCAUAAAUCCUGAAUACAGUUGCCUAUUAAGUUGGAGUGUGAGCUCUGGAAUUUUAAUGGUGGAAAUAACAUCACUAUGCCGAAUAACAGUUUUACUAACUAAUCUGAGGGGAUCGAUAAGUGUUUCCAAGUGAUGUACUAGAAACGACGUCAUAAAAAUAUAAGUCACGGAAUUUUCCAGUCUUAACAUUACGUAUUUAUAUUUAGAAACUAACCGAGAAUUCCAUUAUUCUUGAAUAUUGUUACGUCUUGUAUUGUAAUCAAUAUGCCUAAUCUUUCUUACUAUCGGUGAUACUGCAACUUUAGCUUUCAUCUUCAUAGUUUCAUUUGACCUGGUGUAGCAGCUUGAACUGGUGUGCGUUCGUCCCGGUUUCUACGUUGUGUAUGACUGACUCGGCAGUGGUACUACGUGAAUUGCUCAGAGGAGACUGGAUAGAUGUCAUUAUCUUCUGCGACCACGAAACGUCAAAAAUACGAGAGAAUUAGCGAGAAAAAGAUGUCAACACCUGUUGAAGUGUUGUGCAAAGGUUAUCCUGCCGAAUUUCAGAUGUAUCUGAAUUACUGUAGAGGGUUGCGAUUCGAUGAAACACCUGAUUAUAUGUAUCUUCGCCAGUUAUUCCGUAUUUUAUUUAGAACAAUGAGCCAUCAGUUCGAUUACGUUUUCGAUUGGACCAUACUUAAACAAAGAGGUCCUGCUGGUACUUCAUCUACACUUAAUGAGGACACUAGUAACCGUUUACAAGCUCUUCCAAAUUCUCCUGGUACAAGUGCUGCCCCCGAAGGUGAAGCUAAUGUAGAACACUCUGGCAACGCCACAGCUGGAAGCACUCAGGUUCCUUUUGGCAGAACAGGAUAGAUUUCAGCGUUAUUACUCUUGCUUUAGUUAAGUCGAACACUUCUUAUAUACAUCAACCUUUACUAAUGUUGAGCGGCCAAUUUUAAUCUUUGACACAAACCUAACAUUUUAGGGUGUUUGGACAUUAAUUCUUUCUAACCGUUCAUGUCUUUCUACUUAUUUACUUAAUUCUGAAAACAAUGUAUCAAACAUUUAUGCUCACAGUGAUUGUUGAGAUAACUUUGAAUUUCUUGUGGUUAUGUUUGUUAUGUGCUCGAUAAUGCGAAACAAAUGUCUCUGUAUUAAAUUUUAGGUUUUAUUGUAGCACUGUACAUACAAGACAUGUCUUUAAUUAAUUGCUUUAUUGUUCACGUAUAUAUAGUUUUAUACUUUCUGCAAGGAUUUAAGAGAUACAUGUUGUCUGGUUGUAAGUGGGGUAUCUGAUUGCAUACUUUUUUCGACAAUCAUUUUUGGUCAUUUUAAAAUCAGGGCUCAUUAGAGUUGUCAAUGCAACAAAGUAGGUGUUUUUAUUGAUUAUUGCUACCAACGUUUCAGCAUAUGUUAAUUUGUUAUCGGCUGUAUGCUAUUUGUGGACUUCGUGCAGAUCAUUACACACAUUUGAUGGCUUCUCCAAUCUUUGCCGUCUGUAACACCUACAAUAUUUGUAAAAUAUAAACUUUCAGUUUUUACUAAUCUUUAUUUUGUGUUUUAAAAGAAAAAACGAUUAAUGUUAAAGAUCUUUGAUUAUGCCCAGAAAUUAGUUGCAGUGAACUGCGAUGCAUGACUAUGAAGGCGAGAUUUUGUAUUCAUUGAAAGCAUUUUAAGUACUAAUUGGUUAUUCAAUUAUUAGGUUAUUCUGUCUCAUUAAUCCAUAUUCACCCAAUUCGUAUCUUCAGUACCUAAUUUUUUUUAUCCUAAUGUUAUGCGGCAACUUGAACUAAUGUACAUGCGUCAGGUUCUACGCUCCAUAAAACGGAUUGUCUUUUAGAACUACAUGACACUAGCACAUUCUCCUCGUUUGUACAUGAUGUCUUUGACCUGAUCACUUACUGAAAUACUUCAAAUAACUACGAAACUAACUACCCAGUUUACGUGCUUCAUUUUAACAUUUUGCGUUGGUUACUUCGAAGAAGUCUGGAUAAUUUCCGACACCUUUACCCUGUUGAACAAUACAUCUUAAUUAUUUAAUAACACUACCAAGAUUCUAUUUGUCAUUAGUAUGGGUUAAACUCUAUGAUUUCUAGCUGUUAGUUAAUUGAUAACGCACAUGUGUGACUUGUACUUGAUAGUGGAAUCAAAACAGCGUUGGUAACGAUUCAUCGAGUACAGUGAUAUCCAUUUUGGACAAAGUUGAUAAAAUCUUGUGGUCGUGAGACAGAUAUUCUUAUAGAAAUCCGACUAGACCAGAUUUACUUCCCACUUUUCUUUUUAUCUUCAGAUCUAACUAGUGUAAUGUCCCUGAGUAUGUCCCUGGACAUGGUACAAUGGUAUUAAUGCUCUAAAACUUACGUUCUGACGCUUCCAUCAACUUUUGAUUAGAUAUCAAAGACAGGUUUUCACUGAACUAAAUUGACUAGUGUUACUUAUAUUUUGAAAGGUAACUUCUUUAUAGAGCUCUGUUUAUUGAUGUGCAAUUUCCGGUAUCUCGUCGGGCUGUAGUCUGCUGACUAUUUUGGAACCCGAUGAUUAAUGUUAUCUUCGUGACGUCGCUUUAUGUAGUCAUUAAUAACGUGUGGAAUGCUGGCGUAGGUUACUGAUUCGCAUUCCAUCUCACUUGCUUUGGUUCCGGGUAUUCGUUAGCAUCACGGUCUCAGAAAGCCUGUCUCGAAACCAAGUACUUAGUUGUAGGAUGAGUUGUAUAUAAUAGGGACAUUAUUACUAAAUUUAUAGUAUGGACAAACAAGUUUCUCUCCAUAUAUUAAUUUUUAACACCAACCUCCAUUUCUUGGAUGGCGCCAUUUUAGGUAUUUGAUAGCCUGAAUAUAGUUGCUUAUGUUCAUCGAUUUAUAAAUUACUUUGUGCUAUGCUGAACAAUUUGUUUGGAUCAGGGUAGCCCUUUUGUUUUAACCAAAAUUUGUGUAUACGCAUGUUAACCCAUAUUUUUCAGCAUGUAAACUGGUAAAACCAUUCAACUUCUUUAGAGUAGCAUUGUAAGACUUUUUGGUAUAGUAAUAAUAAUUAGUGAUUAUGUCUAGUUUAUGUAUGUUGGUUGAAUUCCGGAAAGAGCUUGCAUGUUAUGAAGAUUUUGGUUUAAAACAGGGAAGGUACUGAAAAAUCACCUAAUGAAAAGUUUUAGAGAUGUAGUUUUUGGAGCUUGGAAUUCGGUCAGAAACCAUUAGUUAUCAACUUACUGCAAAACAUGAGUUUGAAAAUGGACUUUUUUCAAAUAAUAGUAUUGUUUUUUUCAGUUAGACUAUGGCAGAGUGGGACUAACUUCCUCAUAGCAUGUACAGCAGGACUGUGAAAUUGUUAAGCUGUUAACGUGAAUGUCCGUAACGUUUUAGAGAACUGCUGUCGAGCAACAUGGAUGUGAUAUUAUUAAGAUCUGAUUUGAUCAGACGAGGUACUAAAUUUUUAAGUAAUGCAGGUCUCUAAAGAGGUUAGUUUGAUUAUAAAGAUUCACGAAAUCCAAGCCAAACGUGUGAAGUCGGUUGAAAAUAUCCUGAUCUAUAGUGUUCCGGGUGUCCGUUUAACAGUCAUCAAGCAACCUAAUAGCAUCAGCGACGAUAAGUUUCCUAAGAAUAGUAUUGAAGUGGGUCAUUUACCAGACAGUCAUUCGAUACCUUGUAAACUGCCACUCGAAGAACAUACGUAGUACAUCCUUUUAAAGAACAGUAUCACCCUGUAAGUGUAGUUACGUUUGUGGGGUCUCCAGUCCAAUCUUGCAACUAGUAGAUGGAGGAUUUGAUACUUUCAACAGUUACUAGAGUACGCUUAUGCAUUUUUAAAACCUUUGGUGUGGAAUAUUUCCAUUGGCUCAUAUGCCUGGUAAUACUUGUAACAGAAACAGUAGGCUUGAUGAAAUCAUUCAAAUAUAGGUCUCGAGAGAUUAACCGUAUUAGUGUGUUCAGCACAGAUGUAUACUACUGUUUCCAAAAAUAAGAUCCCAUCAAUUUGUGGAUAAUCAAGUACUCUGUAAGCGUCCGGUGUCAGUUUCGAGUUAUAUGUGGAGGACCAGAGCUUUUUCUGCACAUUGUGAACUGCUACGACACUGGUUUAAUAUUGAGAAACCUCAUAUCCAGAUGAUUUUUCGCUAUAAAUCAGGGAUAAUUUUUCAAGUUUGCUGCUGCUACUUGACAAGUAUUUCGUUUGUUAUUCUACUAUAAAAGCUAGAGCUAUUGCCAAAUAAACACAAUGUUAUGGCCUGAAUGGUUCGUCUAUAUGAAGUGACCUAGUAAAUUACUUGAGUUUUUUCAUGAACCUCAAAUUACGUAUCUCCAUAGGUUUCACAUACGGAUUUUAUAUCCUAGAAACCGUACUUCAUCGACUAAGUCCACUCACUAAAACAGGUUAUAUUAAUCAAAUUAAAUUUACGGUUGGCUUUCAAAAUCGCGCUACUUGGUGUGAGUUUGUAGCUUAAUUAUAAACUUCAAUCUUCUGAUCAUUUUAAUUCGUUAGUGUGUAUAACUUUUUGAACGUAGUGAAAUUAUUUUUCUGGAUCUUUUUGUGAAAUUGAUUUUUCAGGAAUUACUAAGUUGUUCAUUAGUUUGGAAGUAUAUAUUCCAAUUAAAAGUACUGUGAUUUUAUUUUUUGACGUGAUACAUCAAUUAGUAUGCUGAAAUUCAUAUUUCAAUCAACAGCCCCUAAUAGCCAGUUUUUUUAAGCCACAAUAACCUUAUUAUAGGGACUUAUCUUUCGGGGUUAAUGCUAUUGCAGAGCCCUUAGCUCCAAAAACAAGUUGUUGAUAUCCAAUUUAUUCUAGUCACUAGUAAGGGAUAGAACAUAUUAACAUGGAAUUAUCCGGUUAAUCGAUCGCAGAUUUUUACAACAUUCAAUGACCAAAUAAAGAGAACUAUUUGUAGAUCUGAUAAACUUUAUUAAGACAUUUUCUAAACAAUUAAACGAUCAGUAAUAGGAAUAUAACUUGUAAUAAUCGGAAUGUGUUUAGAAACUAUUUGAGUUCGAUACCGAUUGAUGAAGUAAAUGUGAAUAGCUAAGAAGUUCAAUACUAGGAUAUAAAAUCUGUUCAGUGCUUUCUGCUUCUCAAUGGGCUUUUUCUUACUAAGAUCAUCUCGUGAUGUAGAACUCCAUAAAAAUAAUGAUCAAUUGUGCGUUUGUCAAUUUUGACUAAAUAAUUUUAAACAAACAAAUAGCUAUUGAUAGAGUGAAUUAGUGAAACGUGAGAAAUUUGUUAAUCAAUUAUUAAUGUAAACAGAGCGUCAUUAAGUUGACAUGAAGUAGUGACUAAUAAUCAAUAAUUCUGUGCAAAAACAACCUUUUACAACCAUAGUAAUACAUAGAAAUAUUUUUAUAGACAUAAGAGUGAAAUAUGAAGAAUUAGAUUGAAACCCAAUGUAAAGAGUAGAAUUUAACAUACUGUUUUUUAUGCAACCUAAAUUUUAAAGUGUGGAUUGCUAAGGCUUCUAUAAAAUAAAUUACAUUUAGAUGUAUGUAACUCGAGAUAAUUGAGUGAAUUAUGUUAAUGAUGAGUAUGAAUCAGUCAGUCAGUUACAACGUAGAACUAGGUACAUAUAUAUACAUCGGUUCAAGUUGCCAUACCUCAUUAGCACAACAAAAUGAACACCGAAUUCAUAGAAGUAGUUAAUUAAAUGGUGGUAAUAUAUAAAAGAAAGAUUGCAUAUAAGGAUAUAGUACGGGAAGAAAGAAUUAGUUCGUAGACAGAAAGAUAUAAAGCAAUUUUAAUCUCAUAGGAUCAACUUCAAACUCAUCAAUUUGAAUUUAAUUCUAUAAAACACUGCAGAUUAAAUGACGCAGUUAAUCUGAUUUGUGCCUUGGUAAAAUAUUCUGGGGGUCUGCUGUCGAAUACGUAGAAGUGGCCUUGAUAAAUGACUUAUGUACGUGGCUAUACAUGAGCUAAUAAACUAAUAUAGGCACAGUAAAUUGAUCAGUCAUGAUAUGCUUUACACUGGGGAAUGUAAGAGAGUGACUAUAGUAGAUUAUACGAAAACUUGCUGUGUAAAAUUUCCCCUUGAUUGAUCUAUUCAGAUGAAUUUUCAAUGUAUUAGUAGCUGUAUCUCACUUUGACUGGAUGUUUCUAAGUAGUGUUUUCAUAAAAGCAGUAUUAAAUCUAUGACAGAUAUUUAUCAUUCAUAUUUCUUUCACAAAACAAUGUAUUUUGGUAAAUGAAAUCAUCCGAUUGAUUGUUAUAAUUAACCUAGUCGGACGAAAUUUUUAUUGGUCAAAACCUUUUAUUAAAAAUUCGUAAUAGCUAAUAAGUACACUCUUUAUAAACGAAUGAAAUAUUCUUUUCAUGUAUUAAUAAUAAUAACAACAGUUUGAUUAGUUGUAUUGAACGAAAACUUGUUGGUGAAAAGUAAUUCAUAGUUGUGUAGAAAGUCAGUCACUGGUGAGAGUAUAAUUUAUGGACGACCUUUGAGCGACGCUAAAAUGACCCUGAAAGUGUCUACCUACUUAGUAGGGCUAAAUGAGGGUUAUGAAGCAGUUUGAAGAAUAAGGAUCAUGAUUUACAGUUGAUGGUUAGGGU